ACAUAUACGAAAGAAAGAAAGAAGCAUUGAUUGAUUAAUUGAUAACGAAAAUGUGACAAUGAUAGAUUCCUAAACACAUAAUUAAUUAGGGAUUUGGUAGCAGUUGCAUGACAAAUAUAAAUAUAUAUAGCUUACUAGACAUCAAUGAUUGAGUUUCAAAAUUGGUGAUAGCCCAUGCAAACAUAUCCAGAGGUGCCUCUAUAAGGUGUGUACGUAUACCUUCCCAAAACUUAUAAUUAACUUAGUUUAUUUAUUUAUUUGUUUUAUAUAACUUGUAUACAUGAGAAUUUCAUCUUGAAGGGUACAAUGGCCAUUUUGAUUGUAGGCUUGUAGCAGUGUUUUUUGGGCCUCCUUGAUACUCCUCUAUAGGUUAUGUAUAACUGUAAGAAGAAAAUAUACAUAAAGGCCAAAAAGAGAGGCCAAAGAGGGCUGUGUCAGAUGCAAAAAAUGUCCUCAAGAAGGGAGGACUCUUCAGCAAAUUUAGCCUUAAAGCUUGCAAACAAAUUGGAGAAGUAACUCAUCUCUCUCUCUCUCUCUCUCUCUCUCUCUCUCUCAUGAAAAUAUUAGAGUUACGAAAAAGACAGCGUGAACUACAAUCCUUAAACAGCCUUUAAUAAAGCAGAGAUAUAUGCAACAAACUAACUAGCUAGAAAGUUGAAUAGCUAGCUCAUUCAAGCCCUUCCUUGUUCUUUCUUUUAAGGUUCUUAUAAGCAAGCCCCACAGGUGGGUUAUGAAUUCAAGAUCAUUAUUAAAUCUCUUCUUCACAAAUUGGGAGCUAGCUCUUCUUCUUAACCUAGCUAAGAUCGACAUCGAGUUUGUUGUUGUUCCGAUUAAAAGAUCGACCUCAAUAUGUGGGCAAAACUUAAAGCUUCUUCAAAGAUUGCGAAAGGGAAGGAAGUGAUAAGACAAGUUCGAAAAAGCUUCAAUCUGAACGAGGAGUACCUGAGUGCAUUUAGAACCAAAUCAUAUGCAGACUUCUACAAUAAGGCUCAAUUGCUUGUAAACGAGCCAUCAUCUUCUUUUAGUUACAGCCAUGAUCACAAAUUCUCAGAAGUCCUCCUAGAACCUGGUCAAGAAGCCAUACCUGGUAUUCUUGAAUCCGAAAUUCUUUCGAAGGUGCCUGAAUUGAAAGGCCUUAUGCUCAACUACUUUGACAUCAGUGCUGAGGCCUCAAAAAUAUGUAGCCACCUCUUAAAAAGCAUCAAACGGAUCCAAUCCAACUACCGCGUCGUUCAACAAGCACUUGAUAAAUUUGAGGACUACUCCCCGAACAAAAUCAAAUCGUUUGUUUCUGAGCUAAACUUGUUCAUUCUCCAAAACAACAUUAACCCUUUCUCAAAUCCUAAUAACCAUGACUUUGAGCUCAUUCAUGACAAGUACUCGUUGGUUUUGCACCACCUGAAGUUGAUGAGAAAAAAGGUGUCGCGGAAGAUUAAGCUCAUCAAAUUUUUCAAAAAGGCUUCUGGGAUUUGCAUAACAGCAGCUUGCAGUUUGAUUGCUAUAUCAGCUGUUGUUCUAGCCGUACAUACUCUCACUGCCUUGCUCAUGGGACCAGCCAUCUUCAGCUGCCCAUUUAAGCGCUUAAAGAAAAAGUUGAGUAGUAUCCCGUUUUUGAGAAGUAGGAUUCUUACCAAAGUCGGAGAGCAACUUGAUGUAGCCGCCAAGGGGACUUAUAUUCUGAACAGGGAUUUCGACACAAUAAGCCGACUUGUGGCAAGGAUUCAUGAUGAGGUUGAACACAACAAGUCAAUGAUUCGGUUCUGCUUGGAGAGGAGAGAGGAUAAGUUUUCGUUGCAAGUUGUGAAGGAGCUUAAGAAGAGUGAUAUUGGAUUCAGAAAGCAAGUGGAGGAGCUUCAAGAGCAUGUGUAUUUGUGUCUUGUGACUAUCAAUAGAGCUAGAGCUUUGGUUAUCAAGGAGAUGAAAAAAUCUUGUGUAGACAAUUGAUUUUAGGAGUCUAGGAAGGUAGCUAUAUAAAAGUCUUGUACAGCAUAGUAAUUCAAUAUCUGUAAAUUAUACAUAAUUAUACUACAGUAUAUAUUGGGGGUUCAUGUUUUUUUUUUUUUUUUUUUAAAUUAUUAAAACAUAAAACUAUUGUGUAAGCAUCCGAUCUAUUUUGAAGACUGACAUUGUCAGCUAUAAAAAAUAAAAAAUAUUUGACAUUGUGUUUGGUAUGCAUCA